AUGCAGUCAUCCAGCCCAUCUGAAGAUGGGGGUCAUCGGAUGCGAGAAAGGAGCAGUUCUACGGUAUCCACCUCUUCUUCGCGAGUGUUAAUGGUGGGCUCGAAUUUCGAGGUUGGGGUAAAGAUUGGUGGCAGCAAAUUGAGAAUAGGCAAGAAUUUUAACACCAAUCAACCUGUUUUCAUCAAGUUGGAGCACCUUGAACUGGAAGCACCCCUACUUAACAAGGAGCAUAAACUUUACCGGAUGAUAUGGCUCCACAAAAACACAACUGUCCUACCUCAAGUGUACUAUUUUGGGCCUUAUGGCAAAAAGAACAACGCAAUGGCCAUGGAGCUAAUGGGCCACAGCUUGGAAGACCUUUUUGACUUGUGUGGUCGGAAGUUUACCUUGAAAACAGUCUUAUUGAUUGCCUUACAGUUGAAAAAGAAUCUAAAUCUUUUAGUAAAGAUGGUGCACAGUCACAAUAUCAUCCACUGUGAUGUCAGAUCAGGAAACUUUCUUGUCGACCGGAGUGAAAAUAACAAGGAAAAAAUGAUCCACAUAAUCGAUUUUGGUCUCGCAAAGAAGUAUUUUGAUGAUGUCACCAGAGACAAAAUGCCUGAACAACAAAGUGAAAUGGGCACAGCUUUGUCUGUUGCUUCUCCCCCCGUCACUUUGUCUCCUCAAGUGGUUGUCCCUGAUGAAAAUCCACUGGCUGACGACGAAGUUGACUGGGUUUUGGCAUCCAUGGAUUUGGAAUUCUUACUCUUCCGUCUUCCCCACCUGUUUCCUUUCUAA